UAAAUUUUACAGAUUGAAUUACAGAAAAUAUACUUUGUCAUCUGACUAUAAUUUCAGGAAAUGACGGUCAAUAGCAGGUACUUCUUGUUCACCUUGACUGAAAUUUACAUGAUUUAAGGAAAAGUCAAUGUUAUCUUUUGAUGGAAUGGAAUAAUUAUUUUGACCUUUAAACUGCUGUUUAAUUUUCAUAACAUUUAACAUACUUUCGUCAGAUAAGAGUUCUCUACAUAUGGAAAAUUUGUCUGAUAAUAUACUUAUAGUAUUAUAUACAAUAAUUUAAUUGACAUAAUUUGAGGAUUUUAAUUUAUUCAAAAUGGAAACUGAAGAAAAGAAAGUUGACACGAAAAAUUCUGCUGAGUCACACGAUUUUCUAUGCACAAUGUGUAAACACAAACAGAAACAUAUAAAAGCAGACCUGUUUUGUGUUGAAUGCAUUGAUCACUAUUGUUCAUCUUGUGUCAAAGUUCAUGAAGACGUUCCAUCCCUAUUUGGACAUACUAUUCAAAAUAUACAGGAGUUACAGCAAAAAUCAAGCACAGUACUUUCUGCGACACCAUCAGAGAGAUGUGAGAAGCACCCUCAUAAUUUAGUGGAAAUGUACUGUCGAAGCCAUGAUACUGUCAGCUGUGCUGUAUGUCUUACAGGUGUAAAUCAUAGGUUGUGCCGAGAUAUUUUCUACAUACCUGAGUUUGUCGAGAAUAAUGAUGUUGCUUCAUUGCAAGAAGGUUUUCAAACAAAGAUAGAAUCAGCCAUAGCAACCAUGGCAGAAUGUCAAAAUAUAAAUCAACAUAAAAUACAGGAUCUCCAGGCAAAGAAAGAAAGAUUACUGGAGAAUAUUGCACAAUUUAGAAAUGAAAUCAACGCAAGACUUGAUAAACUUCAAGACAAGACAGUUUCUGAAAUUGAGGAAAAGAUGGCAGCAUUAACAGGGGAGCUUAAUAAAAAGAUAAGUAAUCUAGAGGCAGAUAUAGCUAGAAUGAAAUCUGCCCAGAAGAAAAUUGGUACUGCAUCUACUAACAAGAGCCAGGCCUUUGUCAGUACUAAAAUUGGAUUAGAAGUUGCUGACAAGGCAAACUAUAUUGGAAAUGAAGAUAAAGACCUUGGUCAUAUGGAAGUUCCUGAUUUUAGAGGUGAUCAGAGAAUCCUCUCUUUACUUAGAGAAAUAGAAGAUAUGGGCAUAGUGAGACCAAUAUAUGCACAAGAAACUGAUGCCAAUAAUGAAAUCAACAUGGCCGACAAAUCUGCACCUGACAAAUCUAACCAUCCCAAUGCUGAUGUAACUAUAGCUAAUAAAGAGACUAAAGAGAGUAAAGAAACUAUUGUACAUUCUGAAAGUGAACAUGCUGAGCAGUCUGGACAAGAAUCCGCUGGAGGGAAAAAAGUUUUACAAUUUCAGAUCAAAGGCAAGAAGACAGUGUGUACUAAAGUAGAUUCAGACUGUAAGAAGAUAGACAGCCAAGGUAUAGUAAGUUGCUGUUUCAUGAAAAAUGGGAAAAUUGUACUUUGCGACUAUGACAAUAAGAAACUGAAAAUGUUACACAGAUCUACGUAUGAGGUCACCAAUCAGUUUGACCUUCCUGGUUUACCAUGGCAACUAUGUGCAAUUAGUGACAAUAGCAUUGCAGUAAGCUUAGGUAAACUGAGAGAAAUUCAGUAUUUUUCGUUACAAUAUAACAUCCAAAAAUCAGGUUCCUUCAGCACAGAUCAUAACUGUUACGGCCUAGCUUACGCAAACGACAAUUUGUAUGUUUCUGACAGUGAUACGUACAUCUACAUAUAUAGUGAGUUCGGAAUAAAGCAAAAACAGGUUACAAAUACCUUGCUUAAAAGCCCCAGCUUCAUAAAUAGUUGGUUAGAUAUUAGCUUAAAAAAUCUAGCUGUUACUGAUGACGGUUCAAGAAUUUUCGUCACACACCCAACCAAUGGGCUUAUCAUGCUAGACACUGAGGGAAAGGAAGUUCAACAAUACAAUGGCAUUCAGUUACAGCAUGCAUAUGGCUGUCACUAUCUUAGUGGAAACAAAGGCCUUCUGGUUUGUGGAAUGGAAUCAAAUAAUAUCUUGCUGUUUGGAUCAGAUGGAGAAAUUAUACAACAGGUGUUACGUUGGGAUGGUGGACAUGAUUACAAACUUGUAUGCUGUAACCAAGAGAGAACAAAGAUGAUCGUUUGCAGGGACGGGACAUACUACAUAGAUAUUUUUGAUGUAAAGAAAGAUACAUAAACAUAAUGAUAAGAUAAUGUUCUGUGCGGGUAUUCUGUACAUCAUAUUAAAGGUUUAAUGAAAGUGUUUAACUUAAUUUAACUAUAUUGUUGUAUUUUUUAAAAAAAAUUUUUGAGAAUUGUUAAUUGGUCCGCUUGUAGAGUGGCAUGUGGAUUAAAGGGACUCCACUCACGUUUAUUGAAAUGACGGAACUGGAAAAAUUUUUCGAGAUCAACGUUCCAUUUGAUGUUGGGUUAGAUAAAUAACUUGUGUGAAAAAAAAUCAGAUCAUCAGCUCACUCUGUUUUCCAAGAAUAAUUAUUCUAAUAUUUAAAAAAUGACCAAAAAUUGAUAAGCGUUGCAACGCUUUUCACUCAAAUUGUGCUAGGAAUAGCACAAAAUACGAUUUUUUAAUUCACUUUUGAGUAAUUUCUAAAUUAUCUUUUGUAUCUUUUUCUGGUUUUAAUGCUCCUGCUAUUUUAUGUAAGAAAUACAAAUUUUAUGUUUUUAGGCAUUUGGACCUCAUGGAAUUCCUUUAAUCGUUCAGAGGAUCCAUCAUUGUUGUCCCAGGUCUAGUCACAAUGAAAGCUGAUUAUAUGAUUGUAUUCAUUUGUGAACACCAGCUUUUCUAUUUUCACCCGUGACUUCACCACUCGUGAAAAUUUUGCAUCUGGUGUUCACUCAGUGAAAUAUAUUUCAAUCUUACAUGUAAAACAAAUAAAUUUUCUUUUUAUUUCAUGCUUUUUAAGUGAUUUUAAGUAUUUUUUUACUGAUUUUGCCGCGUAAUGUUUUGAAUUCUCCUUAAUAAUGUCAUCACAUCAUGACGUCACAUCAUCAAUUUUGAAACAUAGUUCUGUUAAAUUUCUCUAAUUUUGUUACAUUUUCCACAUAAUGUAUGAUGACAUUGACUUUGUUUUUCUUAAAAAGCAAAAUUUGCGUAGGACCGCAUUAAUUUUUGCCUGUUAUUCCAUUUUAUGAUAUUCUUUUCAUCCGCAUUCAGAUAUAGUCUGGCUACUGGCAUGAGAUUACAGAAAAAGUACCCGUAUUUUUCAUUUAAUCUUUACUUGCAUUCUUCAAAAAUUGAUAUCAAAUCAAGCAGAUGCAUAAACGAGAUAAAAUCUAAGUGUCAAUUCGGCAGUACGUAUACAAUGUUACAUUUUAAAUCAUGUUCACCUGUGCGUAGUCAAAACUAGACCUUGUUAACUUUGGGGGAUUCAGUCCUUGCGGGCAUGCGCAAAAAUACUUACAUGUGAGGCCUGUUAAAGGGUUUUCCACUAAUACCAUCCGGGGAACAGACAAGUGGGCAAUGUGAUGAAAACCUGUUUUAUUAUCAGACUUUUACUUAUAUCACUAUAUUAAAUAACUUUAUGGGUUAAAUGAGUAAAAUGUUAUGUAACAAGCAAGCCAUUGCAUGUGAUUACAUCGGGGUACUAGUAUCGGGUAAUAGAAACCAGCAUCUAAGUCCACGCUCUAUACCCUUAAUAACAUCAAUCUAGCUCUGGGAAAAUGGUCUCUUCAACAAUUAUAAAUGGAAAAUAGGCCUGAUAUGACAACAUGGUAUAAUUAUAAUGGGUUAUAUUUUAUGUACGGGAACUACUUCUCUUCAUACAAAAUAAUGGAUAAUUUGGUACCCCAUAUGAGGCCUCAUAAGUAAGGGUUUUUCUAUGUAUAGAACAUGAUGGAAUUUCCAUAAUUUGUGUGACGAGCUGAAUAUUGAUGUGUAACAUUCAAUUUUUUGGUGAGUGAGCGUAAUAAAAAAUAAUUUUUAGGUAACUAUGAUUUUUGUAUGGGAACUGCUCGCAUGCCAGUACAGUGAAAAUUAUAUUUUAUAACUUUCACUAGAGGGUUAUAAGAAUAUAAUCAUCUGAUAUAUUACAGUAAAACACUGGAAAGCAUGAAAUAAUUUCCAAUUUUACACAAUAACUCUUAUAACAUCUAAACAGAUGGUCUUUAUCAAGAUAAUCUAUGCUUCACUUUAUGCAUUUAAUGAAUCAGAAAGCAAACAACCUUGAACAAGUACUGAUUCAUAAUAUUUAUAUUUAUUGCAUUUAUAGAAAUAAAGACAUAUUCUUUACAUUUUAAAAACAUGUAUCAAAUACAAUAUAUUAUAAGUUCAAUACUGUUAUGUAACUUUUUAUUCAAGAGCAUGAAUUUUAAAGUUUGAAUAAAAAUUGUCAUCUUAUAAUUGUUUUAUUUUUCUGGUCUUUCGUGAUAACUCAUUCAAAACGUGUAGAAGCUUGAAUACUGCUUCAGCUUGUGCAAAAGGGUAAAGACAAACAGAAUAAUUUUUUUUCUGAACUUUUCAGUACUUUUCCAAAAAUUAUCACACAAAAAAAUAACAAAUAUUUCAAUUUUAACACUCUUUGUGAUUUUGUCACUAUACACAUAGAAGAAACAAG